CGAACCUCUCAUUUGAGCGUGCGUGGUUACGGAAGAAGACGUGGCGCCAGCUUUUUCUCGGCUAUCAACAAACUACCGCUAUCUAACGAUUAUUGAAUGAGGACAAGUGAUUUGCCAAUCGCUACACUUCCGACAAAAUGAUAUCUCUAACGGAUUCACAGAGUAAGAGCUUUUAAUUUUAAAAUGACAUGUUUAAAGCGUUGUUGUAUCUUCUCUUUGUGAGCAAUCCUUCAAGCUAGCCAGGAUUGGAAUGAAUGGGACCAGUUGGGCCCAUCGCCCUAUUUUAUGAACGACCUAUUAUUAACUUAUUUCACUGCUAGUCAUAUCAUGGUAGAUAACUAGUUACUUACCUACUCCUGCUAAUAAAGUAACGGAUGUGCAGACAAGAGUAUAUGGAUGGAUGCUUUAGGUGUCAAUGGAAACAAUGUAGCUAGUUUGACUUUAAUCUAUUGACUUCUCUUUUGGCUCCACAGAAAUCGGGAUGGGGUUGACAGGCUUUGGCGUGUUCUUCCUCCUCUUCGGGAUGAUCCUGUUUUUUGACAAAGCUCUUCUUGCCAUUGGAAAUGUGAGCCUACUACAUAAUCAUAAUGUUGUGAUGUAUGCCAUAGAUGCCCCGCUACGUGUAUCUCCUUUCUUUACAAGAAUGAUCCCAAAUGUAACAUACCCCUUUUCCUGCCUUUUACAUUUUACUAAUUUAGCAGACGCCCUUAUCCAGAGCGAUUUACAGUAGUGAAUGCACACAUACUUUUUAUUUUUUCUUCCAUGCUGGUCCCCCGUGGGAAUCGAACCCACCACAACCCUGGCGUUGCAAUGCUCUACGGGACUGGCGUUUACACUAUAAGCGGAACUAAUCUAGGCACGCUAGCCUCGCCCUCAUGUGGGUGCUAACAAGCAUGCUAGAUAAUGCUAAAUAUCAACAGCCAUUGUCAGCCAAUCCAGUAGGGGUUGGAAGCUAUGGUGAGCUUCGAUUGGUCACUUGCGUCGCGAUAUCGCGGAGGAUUUGAAUUAAGUUCAGCUUUCCCAUGUUAGGCUCGCCCAUGUUCGCAUCCCUCAAUAGUUCUGACACAGAACAAUGAGACAGAUAUAAUAAUAUAAUAUAAUAAUAAUAUGCCAUUUAGCAGACGCUUUUAUCCAAAGCGACUUACAGUCAUGCGUGCAUACAUUUUUGUGUAUGGGUGGUCCAGGGGAUCGAACCCACUACCUUGGCGUUACAAGCGCCGUGCUCUACCAGCUGAGCUACAGAGGACCACGAUAUUUCACUGGACAUAUAAAUGUGAAGGAUCCACUUGGCGUUUCCACUCACUACCAAAAAUUAUGUUUCAACGGUGGUGCCGCUUCCUUAAACGCAUACUUACUCUCUGGAAAAACCCUUUUAGCUAGAGUUGUGGACAGGGCCUAAAACGAACCUUUUUAUCUACCAGCCACUGUAGCAGGUAGAUGAUAUAUUUUACUAGGGCUGGGACGAUACCAGUAUCGCGAUACUCGUUAGUAUGAAGUGGCAAGGAAACAAAACACGAAGCAGAUUUCACAUCUUGUUGGAAACAAACAUCAUUAUGUUGUCAUUCCGAGUCACGUGUAUUUAUUUUCCAAGCUAUAGUACACAAUAUUUUACAUACAGAAAGAGAUUGCUCUGCUUUGUGUGUUCAUUUUGCCAUGGAAAGAAUAUUGCGAUGGUAUCGUCACAGCCCUAUUAACACACACACACACACAAAAUGAAACGGAUGAGCAUGCAUAGUAAUGUUUGUAAAACAAGAAAUGUAUUACUAGUAAGAAGUAAUGUGGUAUAUUUGUCAAUGUAAUUAAAAUAUUUUGUGACCUGAGUCUUUUAACCAAAAUAUCACAGAUGAGAGAAAUGUUCAGCUGCCCCUUUAAGGUUACUAUGGUAAUGGGGCCACUCCAGUCAUCACAUGUGCAGUGCCUGUGAGAAUCUGAGGGACAGGGCAAGUUCAAGCUUAUCACUUUUGUCAAGUAAUUGACCAUCGUUGGUCACUGCCUUUCAAAGUGUGUUGCAGUAUGGUUAUAAAAAUUGUCGGGCUUGCGACUUCAUGUCAACAUCAUCAACUUUACAAAAAUCGUGAUGAAAGGUCAUGCAGUUUUUGAUGAAGUCGCUGCAGUUGCUUCUCACCAACUGCACCAUGCAGCAGCUAUCACCUGCAUUGUGGGGGGCACUAUUUGCCAACCAAUCAUUAGGGUGUUUUUAUUUGACUCAUGCAAGUGUGGCCAAAUAUAUGACUGAAACAGGAACCAACUUUGCCAUAUUUUAAAGCUACAGGGGAUACAAAUGAAAGUGAUAUUUGAGACCUCUCUCUAACCAAUGAAUUGUUGUAUACAGUUUGUGAGUGUGUGAUAUGGGGGUAUAGAAAAUUUUAUUUUGACAUGUAUACAGACAGACUUUGAUAAACAAUAGCAGCCAUGUUGAAAACCACAUUAGUGUCUGACUUUUGGCUGUUGCAGAUGCACCUCCCCUGACUACACUCCUCGACUUUCGUUUGCAGUGGGUUGCUUUCGCCUUACCACUCAAAUGAGCCCACACUCUUUUCAUGCCACUUUGAUACAAAGUGAUUUUCAUAGCGGGUUAGGAGAGCAUUUUCCUUAACCUUAACCUCAGUCUCCUAACUUGCUAUGUUAAUUCUCCUAACCUGCUACGUAAAUUCUCCUAAUCUGCUACGAAAGAGUCACUUCGGUAUCAAAGUGGCGUGAAAAGAGCGUUUCCAGAGAAUCUGACUAGUAGCCGAGGACUUUUCUUCUUCGCUAGCACUAGAAGCAAACUCAAGCGUUAAAAAACCUAGCAUGUGAACAAAAUAAUGUAAAUAGCCAAUAAACACGAAGACAAAGUCUCACUUUAGUAGGCUUUUGAGUAAAUUAGGCCAAUUUUAUGCCUGUGCACAUUUCUUCUAAAAACAAAUCUUUCAGCACUUCACUUAGUGCGCACGGCCCCCCAGCCAGGCAGUGUUGCUGUGCGAGGUGAGUUUUUUUGUGUGAUUACCAGAUAUUAAAACAAAAUGGCAGAAAUACUUUGAAAACAGCUACUGCAGCAUUUCUUUUGCAAUAGUAUAAGACACAACUCGCAUGUGCUCAUACUUGACUUUUGACUCUUCUUAUGAAAUCCUCACACUAUAGAUCCCUGAGUGUGACCACCUGCCAACAUGGCUGGUGAAUUAGACAUUCUACCCGCCAAUGACAAAAUCUGUUAAUUGUAGGCCCUGGUUGUGGAGGCCUAUGAUGAUUCUCUGUUGUAUUGCACUGCCUCCUAAUCUACAGUACUAGUACUAGCAGUGUCUCUGAUCAGACCACUGUGUCUAGCUGGUGUUUUUGGUAUGUGUCCUCCAGUAGAUUACAUAGCUAAAUGAAGUCAAAAGACAUACUGUACUGCACUAGCCUUGCAACCAAAAUGCUUUCACUACUACGUUUCACUGUUGUAGAAGUGAAACAACGGUGAACUGUAGCUAAAUCAAUUUGGCUGCCGCCAGGCUAGUGAUGCAGCAUACUGUCAUGGGAUUCCUAAAAUCCUCUGUUUAUUUCUCACCCCUGUGUUUGUGUGUCAGAUAUUGUUUGUAGCAGGCCUAUCCUUUGUCAUCGGCUUGGAGCGUACCUUCAAAUUCUUCUUCCAGAGACAUAAAUUUAAAGCCACCAGUUUCUUCCUGGGGGGCGUGCUGGUGGUUCUGAUUGGCUGGCCUAUCAUUGGAGUAGUGCUGGAGAUCUAUGGCUUCUUCCUCUUAUUCAGGUCAGUUGGCCUGAAAUGACAGUUGGUUAAAAUAUUUGCCUACGUUUUUUCCCUCGAUUCCCUGCUUCCUCUCUCCUCGCCUCCAUUCUCAAAACCUCACAGAGAAGCAAGGAGAACAUUGGAGAAGGAACUUCAGAUCUUCUUCUCCAGUGCUCUCCUCGCUUCCCUCUAACAUUUUGUGAAGUAGGUGAGGGGACAGGAUUUGAAAAAUCAAGGAAAUUACUUUUGAGAUUCACCCCAAAUGUCAGUCUAUUGCCGGUCCUCCUUAGUCUCUCACCUCUCUGUUCCACUCUCUUCUCUUUUCCAGGGGCUUCUUCCCAGUGGCAGUAGGCUUCAUCAGGAGGUUGCCUGUCCUCGGGUCCAUACUGAACCUCCCAGGGAUUAGU